AUGCGCCGCAGAUCGAUCUGGCUGAUUGCCCUCGCUUGCGCUGCCAUACUCUGCACGAAGCCCACACUGGCUCGAGAGGAGGCGACCGUCAAUUUUCAACCAAGAGAUGUGCUUGCUGCGCGACAAGCCUCAAGCCAGAGUGAGGCGCUAGGUAGCACGUCAGGCUCGUUGUCAGCGUUGCCCUCCGAAGCUACCCAAGGCAUCACCUUUGUUCCUUCCAGCACGCUGAGCAACGGCUCCUCGAUCUCCACUCUGGGAUCAGGAGAGGCGACCAGUACAAUCUUGUAUCCCACUUCUAGCUCGGACGGCUCGGAUGAAGAUUCGGUAGCUCAGUUGCCAACUGGAGUGAGCAGGAUGGAGGGACAGCCAACACCCACGAGCCCCGGCCAGCCGCACGAUCCUCUGCUGGCCAUCAUGCCCGACUUUGCAUUCAGCAUGCCCGCUCAGAUUGUCGCCAACGGCAUCAACUUGGCGCUCGUCACCAUCCUUGGCAUUCACCUGCUAUUCACGGCUCAGUACCACUACCCGCUGAGCUCGAGAAAUUACCUCUUGCAAGCAGUCAGCACAGCAAUGCUUCUUAUCAGCCUAAGCGUGCAAUUGAACAUUGUCCUCAGGAAGCUCCACCAUCAAAGCCACACGUGGCCUUACAUGUUCGCAUACAUUGGUGUUCAGAUUCCCCCUCAGGACGGCACCUGGACGACGGUGCAAGAGGCCUUUUUCCUGCUCAUGCGUGCUUGCACAACUGCACUGGCACAUUUGACGCACAUUCAAUUCUUGACGCUGCUGUUCCCAUCGGCGCUGGAGGCACGCUUGAUAUUGUGGAUGUUGGGCCCGCUGGCUCUUGCGGCUUCUGGCAUGGAGUUUACCGCUCUCUCCUCAUCUGACGACGUCAAAACCUCAGAUCUAGGAGACGCAAUUCGGAACAUUUGCAACAGCACAUUGACCUUGCUCUACACUUCUGCGCUGCUGAUUUGGGGUCUCUUGGUGAAUCGCAGAAGAGCCUGGAGGACGGAUGGAGGGACGGCUGCUUUUGGUGGCGGUAGCGUCGGAUUGGCCAUCAUCAACACGGCCAUCAGCUUUGUUGAGAUCGCCUUUGAUCGCGUUUGGUGGCUGCCGGACAUGUGUUGGACACUGACGAUCUGGCAAAGCUGGCUCGGCUUCUGGUGGUGGGUCGGCUCAGGCAUGGGCAUUGGUGAGGUGGAAGACAGAGUCGAGCGACAAGAGCGCUUGCGAAAGCGUGAAGAGCGCAUCAAACGCAAGCGGGACCGAGAAGAGCGACACAGGAGGAAGGCCGAGGCUGCCGCUGCUACAGCCGCUGCAAAUGGCACUGAAGCUGGCAGUGGAGCUGAUGGCGACACUGCUUUGAUGGGCCACGUGAGGAGAUUCAAAGACAAGAUGGUUGGCGAGACGAACGCUAGAUUGCGAAGACCACAUCACGGCUCAUCUUCUGAACCCAACGAGGAGAUCGAGUUGGAAGGCGUCUCGGGAAAUGAGGCGCGCAACGCUGCAGAAAGGAGGCAUUCACCCGAAGCUGAUUUGCGAGGUGUGGAGGUGCACGAUGAGGCCCGCAAUGGCCCUCCAGGCACGGUCGUGGGAAGCAACAACCCAGCGGAUGAUGCCUUGACUACAGCUGGAUCGUCCAGCGAUACCCAUCCCACAUCCACCUCUGCUCCGGGUUGGUUCCAACCGCUGGGACAGGCGCUCAUCUCCUACACGCCCAGUUGGAUCACGCGUCGUUACAACAGAUUGAGAAGAGCUCACGAAGUGGCAGCUCGUCGAGCCGCUACCGAGCAGUCUGUGCUCCGGGAUCAGAUGUUGCACGCGUCUAGGUCGACGAAUGGACCCGGACUGAGGCACAUGAUGUUCGAUCCGCGCAUCGAGCGUCGGAUCGGCAUGGAUGAGGGAGAGGCUCGGAGGAGCAAUAGCGCCAGAAGGUCCGCAACGCAGGUCCGGCAUGUGCCCGCUUUGGGUCUGGACGGACAUGCCGGCGCGGUCAAUUUGAGCGCUGAAGCUACCGAAAGCAUGGGCCGCGAUAGCAGCGGCACCCUUUCAGGAGAAGGCACGGGCAAUGCCACGAGCACAGAUCAGAGGACAUCUUCUUCUGGUUCUCGGAAUAGGGACACACCGCAAGCUUCGCCCACGAUGACCUUCCGUGAAGUUGGUCAAACUGCUUCCGCUCGCUCUUUGUCUCGCGAGCAAAGUCGAUCGAGAACUCGAUCGGCACAUCAUCGAUCUACACCACCAAGCGGCAUGGCGCAAGAGGCCCGCUCAACGACAGCGACGACAGGAGGAUCCGAAAACCCCUUCUCGACGCCACGAGUCGAGGUGCGGGGAGCAGGAGCUCGUCCACAUGAUGGGGACUGGCUGGACGAAGGACCGGUCAUCAUUUCUGGGGGUGGUAGAGCAGACGAUGACGAUGAGCCACCAGCAAGCCUUGCCGGAGGUCCUUCUGGACGCGAGCGCCAGUUAGCUGAAAGCCAGGCCUCAGCGACACCGCGACACGAUUCCACUCGCGGUGAUCCAGGCACCAGCCCGCGCUGGGCCUUCGCGAAUAGCAUUCGACAGCUCCGAAGGACGGAUAGGUCUCAUUAUCCUUGA